UGAGCUGAACAUAUAGAGACAGGGGAAGCCGUUCUUUCUAUCCCGAGGAAUGGAGGUCUAUGUGCUGGGGCUGCAAGGGGGUUGGUUGGCCUAGGAGAGAGGGAGAGUGAUGGGGAGAGAGAAGAGAGAGAAAAGAGAGAGAGAGAGAGAGAGAGAGAGAGAGAGAGAGAGAGCGACCCCGGGAGACCGGUGCAGGGAGGGAAGCUGCAGAGGGCCGGCGCUCAGCAGCCCCUGGAUGGCCCGCGAUCGCCCUGUGCCCCUGGCUCCUGGGCAUCCGUGGCCCUGGCCACAGUGCGCACUGGGCAGUUGCUAAAAUCCCGAAGUAGGAAGAGACCCCGGAGGAUGUAAACUCGGGCUGCGGGUGUAGCGGGGGAUUUGUUCAAAGGGAAAGAGAAAAGUCAAUGGCUGAGCUUGCCAGCGGAAAACUUGAAGUCUCCAGGAGCAGCUGGCGCCCCGGGGAGUUCUCCGCAAGCUCAAAGUUUGCGUGGAUCCGCGAGAAGGAGGAGGGAUUCCUAGGGAGGGCUCCGGAAGCGCCAGGACGCGCGCGUGGGACCAGGUUGGGGUCUCCCUGCAGAGCGCAUAGUAUGGCAGUGCCCGGAGACAGGCAGCAGCCCGGCCCGGGAGGGUCGAGUCCAGCCAGGGUGGCCAUCCCCCGCGCGUCCCCUCCAUCCACGCGGGGCUCCCCGGGGCUGCAGCCGCUCCGGCGCUCGCGGCAACUUUCCUCCGCGCUGUGCGCGGGCUCCGUGUCUCUCCUGCUGGCGCUGCUGGUGAGACUGGUCGGCGGGGAGGUCGGAGGGCUGGAGCCCAGUCCAGAGGCGGCGGCGGAGGAGGAGGGAGCGGCCGGCGGAGCCGGAGGGGGCGUCGUCCCGGGCCCUCGGGGAGGUGCUCCCGGGGGCGGUGCAGCGCCCAGCCCCUGGCUGCAACCCGCCGCGCUGCUCCUCAGUCUGCUCUGCGCCUUCUUCUGGAUGGGCUUGUGCCUCCUGCGCGCCGGGGUGCGCCUGCCUCUGGCCGUCGCGCUGCUGGCCGCCUGCUGCGCGGGGGAAGCGCUGCUGCAGCUCGCGCUGGGCGUCGGGGACGCCCGCCUGCCGUCGCUGCCCGCCGCGGGGCUGCUGCUCGGCUGCCUGGCCGCCGCGACAUGGCUGGGGCUGCGGCUGCGGCUGGGCGUCCUCAUGAUCGCCGGGACUAGCGCGCUCAGGACGGUGGCCCUGCUGUCCUUGGAGAGGUUCAAGGUCGCCUGGAGACCUUACCUGGCGUACUUGGCCUGCGUGCUGGGGCUCCUGCUGGCCAGGUACGCCGAGCAGAUCUUGCCGCAGUCCGACAGGGCGGCUCCUCCCCGGGAGCUCUGUGCGUCCCAGCUGAGGAUCAAGGAAGAGAUCCCGGGCCCCAAGAGGAGGAGGCGGUCCAGCUCUGUGGUGGCCGGCGAGAUGUCAGGCUGCAGCAGCAAGUCGCAUCGGAGGACCUCGCUGCCCUGUAUCCCCAGGGAGCAGCUCAUGGGACAUUCGGAGUGGGACCACAAAAGAGGACCACGAGGGUCACAGUCUUCAGGAACCAGCAUCACUGUGGAUAUCGCUGUGAUGGGCGAGGCCCAUGGCCUCAUCACUGACCUCCUGGCAGACCCUUCUCUGCCACCAAACGUGUGCACAUCCUUGAGGGCCGUGAGCAACCUUCUCAGCACGCAGCUCACCUUCCAGGCCAUCCACAAGCCCAGACUGAACCCCACCAUGUGCUUCAGUGAGAACUAUACUUGUUCAGAUUCUGAGGAGAACUUGGAGAAAGAUAAGCUGGCCAUUCCCAAGCGCUUGAGAAGAAGUUUGCCCCCAGGCCUGUUGAGGCGAGUUUCCUCGACUUGGACAACCACCACCUCAGCCACAGGCCUGCCCACCCUGGAGCCUGCACCAGUACGGAGGGACCGCAGUGCCAGCAUGAAACUGCAUGAAGCAUCAUCACCCAGUGCUGUUAAUCCUGAUUCUUGGAAUACCCCAGUAUUGAUGACACUCACCAAGAGCAGAUCCUUCACUUCGUCCUACGCUGUUUCCGCAGCCAACCAUGUAAAGGCUAAAAAGCCAAACCGCCCAGGUGGCCUUGCUAAAAUCUCACCUCUUUCCUCACCCUGCUCCUCACCUCCUCAAGGAACUCCUGUCAGCAGUCCUGUCAGCAAACUUUCUUCAGCACGGUUUCCAGAAUCUUCUGAAACAACUGCCAAGCAAGGCCCAGCUUCUCACAGGGCCUUAACUUAUACCCAGAGUGCCCCUGACCUGUCCCCUCAGAUCCCGCCUCCACCUGUCAUAUGUAGCAGCUGUGGCCGACUUUAUUCGGAAGGGAAUUCUGCUGAUGGACCCCUCCUGGAGAGAAGUGGUCCAGCCACCAGAAAACCGAACAGAACAGAUGACACUGUCCAGGUUACCUCUGACUAUGAGACCAACAACAACAGUGACAGUAGUGACAUUUUGCAGAACGAAGAUGAGGCAGAGUGCCCGGGAGAACCACCGAGGAAAGCAUCGACUUGUGGCACCUACACUCCCGAGUCCAUGAUCUUCCUGGACAAACCAAUUCUUGCUCCAGAACCUCUGGUCAUGGAUAACCUGGACUCAAUUAUGGAACAGUUAAAUACUUGGAAUUUUCCAAUUUUUGAUUUAGUGGAAAAUAUAGGAAGAAAGUGCGGCCGUAUUCUGAGCCAGGUAUCAUACAGACUUUUUGAAGACAUGGGCCUCUUUGAAGCUUUUAAAAUCCCAAUUAGAGAAUUUAUGAAUUAUUUUCAUGCUUUGGAGAUUGGAUACAGGGAUAUUCCUUAUCAUAACAGAAUCCAUGCCACUGAUGUCUUACACGCUGUCUGGUAUCUGACUACGCAGCCGAUUCCCGGUCUCCCAACUGUGAUUAAUGAUCAUGGAUCCACAAGCGACUCUGAUUCUGACAGUGGAUUUACACACGGGCACAUGGGAUAUGUGUUUUCAAAAAUGUACCAUGUUCCAGAUGACAAAUACGGAUGUCUGUCUGGGAACAUCCCUGCCUUAGAGUUGAUGGCCUUGUAUGUUGCUGCGGCCAUGCAUGACUAUGAUCACCCAGGGAGGACAAAUGCGUUCCUGGUGGCCACCAGCGCACCUCAGGCGGUUCUGUACAACGACCGUUCAGUUUUGGAGAAUCAUCAUGCAGCCGCAGCCUGGAACCUUUUCAUGUCCCGGCCAGAGUACAACUUCUUAGUUAACCUUGAUCACGUGGAAUUCAAGCACUUCCGUUUCCUAGUCAUCGAAGCGAUUCUGGCCACUGACCUAAAGAAACACUUUGACUUUGUAGCCAAAUUUAAUGCCAAGGUGAAUGAUGAUGUUGGGAUAGAUUGGAGCAAUGAAAACGAUCGUCUACUGGUUUGUCAAAUGUGUAUAAAGUUGGCUGAUAUUAACGGGCCUGCUAAAUGUAAAGAACUUCAUCUGCAGUGGACAGAGGGCAUUGUCAAUGAAUUCUAUGAGCAGGGUGAUGAAGAGGCCAGCCUUGGUUUGCCCAUAAGCCCCUUCAUGGACCGCUCUGCCCCUCAGCUGGCCAAUCUUCAGGAAUCCUUCAUCUCACAUAUCGUGGGUCCUCUGUGCCACUCCUAUGACUCUGCAGGUCUCAUGCCAGGAAAGUGGGUGGAGGACAGUGACGAGUCAGGAGACACGGACGACCCAGAAGAGGAGGAAGAGGAGGCAGGAGCAGCCAAUGAAGAAACCUGUGAAAACAGGGAGGCUCAGAGAAAGAAAACUUUCAAAAGGAGGAAAGUUUACUGCCAAAUAACUCAGCACCUCCUGCAGAACCACACGAUGUGGAAGAAAGUGAUUGAAGAGGAACAGCGGUUGGCAGGCAUAGAAAGCCAGUCCCUGGACCAGGCACCUCAGCAGCAUUCGGCAGAGGAGAUCCAGGCCAUCAAGGAGGAAGAGGAAGAGCAGGGAAGGCCAAGAGCAGAGGAGAUCCCGGUCCCACAGCCGGGCCUGUGACCGUGGGUAGAGCAAGGUCUGACUGCAGACAGGAUGACUUGUCCCAGACACUUUUCUAAGCCAGCACAACACUUAGACACAACACUGUAGAAAUACCAGAAGAUGGGCAAACCGCAAAGGCGUUUGGGAAUUAUUCACAUUUUGUGUGUUUAUUUUUACAGCGAGGUACAUUGCUGAAGAUUCUUGCUCAAAGAAGCUUUCACUUUGAGACACCAGCUUCUAAGGAAUUUUUUUUUUUUUAGGAAGAAAUAUAUGGUGUGCGUGUGUGUAAAUAUAUAAGUUCCCACAUAGACUCAUGUAAAACAUUCACGCAUACACACUGAAAGCCAGGACCACUGGCUCCACAAUGUAGCAACAUUAAGAUAUAUAGAGGUCACUGUGACAUAAGAAAUCACAAAGGACAGGAAAGUCCUGAGGGAAAUGUGCAGCUUAGCAGGUUAACAAUGCCAGCAAAUGUAGGCUACCAACUAAGAAGCUUGAGGGAUGAAAGCUCCACAGCAUUAUUUGAAUUCUGAUGCAUCCUGCCAACACCAUGUGUAUGUGUGUUUGUAAAGGGAGACAUUCUUGGUUUUAGUUGUUAGUGGAAUCAUUGUAUCAGAUGAUUCAGUAUAUGGAAGGAAGUUCAUUCUAGAGUGUUUUUUUUGAAAGCCAGCACUCCUCCGUUUAGCUCGGGAAGGCUCCUUUGCAGAGAGAGGGCAUCUGUGGGCCACGAUUGGUACUACUGCUGUACACCACUUGGAGACGCUCUACCACCAACCACAUACUUGCAAGACUGAGGCUGCCUGGUCUAUGCCUCAUGAAUGUACAGGAGAUGCUUAUGAGUAUGUGUGUCACUCAUCUAAGAUCAAAUCACCAUGGAAGGGAAUUGGAUUCUUUACAUGUGAACACCGGAGAGGAAAUGGAGUCAGUUCUUUUCAUCAGGUAAGAGUCCUAAAAGGGUGCCAGAAAAGACCCAGGAAACUGCCUUUGCUAACCUGUGUCUUCUUGCUGAAACAAUGUGUUUUAGAAAGAAGGAAGGAAGGAAAGAAAACAAAAGAAAGCAAACCCACUAUGAACUAUACGAGAAGGAAAAAUUGUCAACUGAGUGUCACUGUUUGGAAGUUGACGUAGGAAGAACUUCGCAACUGUUGACUGGAUCUGGGGGUGACUUUUUACGCUGCCUGACAUCCCUGUUGUGAGUUCCAUACAGUGUGGUGGGUAGCAUGGCUCUGGCACUUGGUCCACUGUCCUGCUUACUUUGCAGGAAGGUUAUAGAGGGGUUGUUUGGGGGUAGGCUAUUGUUGAAAGCUGCUUUUUGAAUUGUCUUUUGUUGUUGUUGUUUAUCUACACUUGUUUAUGCUGUGAGCCAAACCGCUAUUUAAAAAGAUACUCACUUUCCACAUUUCAAUUCAUAUUAUUAUAUAUGUCAUGACUAGUUACCGUGAUGUAAAUAUCAAGACUUUUUUGUUUGUUUCUGUAGAUAGUAAACUCUUUUUUUUUUUUAAGAAAAAGGGAAAAGGGAAACAUUUUUAUAGUUAUAUUUUAAUCACCAUUUUUAUACAUUGUAGCUAUCUCCAAGCCCAGUAACAGAGUGAUGAUUCAUUUGCAUGGUGUCUGAGGAGGGUCCAUCAUCUAUCCAUUCUAGUUUGAAUCGUGUAACCUGACACAGUUAAUUUUGCUAUUAAAAUACUGCAGAGACACUUUUUCAGUAGUACCCUUUGCUAAAUGAAUUUGGAGUUUAUUUCCCAGAUAAAAGACUUUAACUAAAUUGUUACAGUUGGUGCCCCUUUCUCUCUAAACCCUGUUGCCUACAAUUCUUCCUUCUGUUCUGUGUAAAUAGGUUUCCAUAGUCUUAGUCCCUAAGAAGACAUGGGUGUUGAUAUCUACUUCUUCACGACCUCAGAAAUCAUAGGAAAGAUUGUUUACAUUCAAAAUUAUUUUGUUUCCUAUACAUGGGUAUCCCACUCUCUCCUUUGAUGUUACAAUGAUCCACAGCAUUUUUCCUCAAUUAGACAAAGAUAAUAAAAUUUAAAAAUGAAACAUGAUUUCAAGAUAGAUUUUCUAGGAAAUAAGAGCACAUAAAGAGGAUAAACAAGGUGCAGAGUCUGCCAACACAACUAGAAUAUUUAUCACGAGGUCUCUGCGGUCACACCAGGUCUUCUCUACCUAACAAGUCCUGAAUCAUUUCCACGUUCUUGGUGUUGCCUAUGCGUCUCUGUUUGCAAAAUCUAUUCUGAAGCAAGUACGCUUCCCCAGUCAAGGUAACUGUUCUCCCUCCCCUGCCAUAAGAACUCCAGGCAAAAGCACCUUCACCCCUCGCAUCUGCAUGAAAGCUCGUUCCCGUCUCUGGAUGUGUCUCUCAAAUACAAGCAGACAAAAAGCUAUGUGUGGAGCGAAUGGAUUAGUACAUCCAAUGCAAAUGUGCAACUGCCAUUUUGUUAAAGCUGCAGAAGCCAAGCCAGGCUGGUUGCAUAGUGGGGAUCUCAGCAAACUGCCUGGUUUGUUUUAAGGUAUAUGAAAUAAUAGGAAUAAGAACGACCAAAGCAAAUUGAACCUCCUUAUUCCUGAAUUGUGUUCAUCCAUCCAGGGAGAUUUAUCUAAGCAUUUUUCUUCUUAGAAAAAAAAAUUGUCCUAUUUUAACCAAAACUCAUCUGAAAUGAAGGGAGAGGUGGAGAGUCAACAACUGUGUGACCUUCAUAUCCACCUGGUACACCUCAAAAGGACAUAGACAUUUCCCAUGAGUGAUGUUGCCCCCGUUCCUGGCAACAGAGAUACUACUGUUUGCCUCCAACCCCAGAGCUUAUUUCCUGUGGUGCCAAUGUGCUUGAUGCAAUUUCCUACAGUUUUAUAUGAGCCUAUAUAGGUGCGAUUAGAUAAACUCAGGUCUCCCAGUGAAGUGGUUUCUACCCACUCAGGGAAAGGAUAGUUUGAUAGAAAGCCAUACAUGUUGGUGGUAGGAGAAAUUGGAAACAGUGACUCUCUGUGGGGUAAAAGCCUAAAUAUAUUCUGCUUGUUACCAGAGUCGUUUUCAACUUGCCAAUGGAAUGCCUUUGCGGUGAUCAAAGCGGGCUGACCUUUUGAAUAUUAUUUCCUUAGUGGAAACACCACUUCAGCUUUUUUUACUUAACUGUAAAAUAAUUUGGUUUUCUUGUCAUUUAUGUAAGAUCUGAUUUUGCUCUCAGUGAAAGCUGAGUUCAGGAGCUUAGUACCAGGGAUUUCUGUUGGUUUCCAUCUGACAGAUGAAGGAAUUUCCUCAUGUUUGACAAUAUCUGCUUUUCUACAAUCAUAAUACCUAGUUCUGUCUGUCCUAUUUUGGUUGAAUUCCAGAACAAAUGCUAACCACGGCAACCCAGUAAUACUAAAGAAAAGGAAUUGGAAAUCAUGCAUACUGUUCAUUAGAUGUAUGUAUUUGCAAUUUUCCUAUGUCUUCUGCCUUUCUUUCCCAGAGAACUUUCUUGAAGAUAAAAGAUGUGCAAAAGGCAUGAGACUCAGGCCUAUUCUUUGUUUAAAUGAUGGAGAAAUAUAAAUUAUUUUCUAAGUAAUAAAAAUAUGAAAAAAUACCAUUGUAAAUAAAGUCUAAAGCUUGAUUUGACUGCUUUAUAAAAGCGAAAUAUUUGUGUGGUGAGCAACUCCUAAUGAGAAUGGAGUGAUCUAAAACUCAUGUAUAUUCUGCUUUGGGAAGUAGACCUGGUGCUUCCAGGAAAUGGGCACCUCUACUCUCCGCCUCACAUAUGAAAUCCCUUAACAUAAUAGUGAAAACUGUGAUCCGGAUCUCGUUAUCCCUCUCCUCUUCCUAAUCCUGGUUCCAUUAAAUGCCGUUCCUGAUUUUUGUGCCAUUUGCAAUUAAACUGCCUUUUCAGCUGGCUGAAAGGUACUACAGUGUUCUGUGGACUUCUACAGACUAAAUCAAGGGUCCCUUUAUUCUUCAGGCCAUCCCUAAUGUGUAUAGGGACCAAAAAAAAAAAAAAAGGACAGCAAAACUUUGGAUGCCAAUAGCUCAGCCCGAGAUAAUUAAAUGCCAAAAUAACCAUGUGCUUUGAAGCUGAAAUUAUCUUCUUGAAUUAUCUUGCCUUGUAAGCAAUGAAAUAUUUUAAGAUCAUUGUUCUAGGUCAUUUGUUUCAUGAAUUUAUGAAAGAAAACUAUGCACCUGCUGAUACUGUUGGUGCCUCUUUAAACCCAUUCAAAGCAAAUUCAAAUUAAAGCAAGGUCCCAGAAUGAAAUUAUUCUUGGAAUGUCUAAUCAAGGAGAAAUUUGUGUUCCUGUACUCAUGUCACCUCAGUUUGUUCCUCCAGAAAACAUUCAGGUUCUUUUUGGAAAUUAAAUUAGUAAUGACUUAAGCUAUUGGCUCCGAGUUAGUCAAACCACAAAUUGUGAUUUAGAUACUUUACAUUGAGAUCUGCAUAAGUAUUUGUACCACACAGUGAACAUUAUCAUCGAACAAGAACUAUUUAUGUAUUACAAAAACUGUUAAAAUACUACUGCUUUUUGCCUCAUCUGGAAAAUGGUCUUUAGGUUGACAGUAUUAUCCUAACAGCUGGUUAAAAAUGGUGACAAAGAUAUUCCAACUUUUGUGUGUGAAUAUGCAAAAUAAGGCUACAGACGCAAAUGAAAUUGGGGGAACUCCAUCUGCUAAUUCAAAAGAAAAUAUUUAUCCCUCAGUUAUUUUAAUGUAAGCAGGAGAAACAAAAUUAGCUUUUGAGCUGAAGACUAUAUGAUUUCACAUCUCCUGUCUAAAGAUACAUGGUGUUCUCAAGAUGAAUUGCAUUAUCAUGUGUUGGCACUAUUGGAUCUAUUCUUCUGAAGGGUUGGGGCACACUGAGGAAAAGCCAAGCAUCCUCCAUAUGAGUAAGAAAUUCUCAUCGUGACUCUGUAUAGACUCAUUUCCUUAUUUGACAUUAAAACCUAGUUCUUUAAUCAUGAAAAUAACGAUGUCAUCUUUGUAUGCUACACUGUCAGGAACACUUACAUUGGAUUUGAUUUUUUUUCCCUUGAGCCCUCACUAUCUUAAGAUUUCUGUUAGAUUAAAAUGAAACCCAUAAACCAAAGCUUCCUAGUUCCCAGAUGCUCAUAUUUUGACACAGAGCUAACAUCCUUAAGAAAAAACUUCCAAGAUUUAAUGAUUAAUGAUUUUUCUAUGCGUCUCAUAGGGGUAUUCAAUAAGUACACAAGUUAGACAAAAGUACAUUACCACCAAGAACUUCAUUUUCCAAAUCCAGUCUGAGUUCUAUUAAUGCAAAGAAAUUACCCAGCAAUUUAUCAUUCUUAGGACACUGUAAAUAAAUGAUUUGUAUCAUAGAUAUUACAUGCUAAAUUUUAAUACUUUUAGAAACUAAAAUUCCUCCAUACUAAGAAAAUUAAACUUUUAAUUUUGACUCACAGAUGAAGUACCAGUCAUGGGUAAACCCCCCGCCCCACACUGCGUUCAUCUGUCUAGUGUGACCAAAUGGUAGGGUAGACUAUGAGAUUCAUCCAUAGAAAAGUAUGGGUAGAGCCUUCGUGUUUGAAGAUGUCAGUUUCAUUGAAUGUUUUUCUUUUAACUGAAAUUCUUCCUUCUUAGAAGAAACAAGAAAAAAAUAAUAAGCCCCGCUCAUGGGACAAAGCAUCUCCCCAAUUUCACUUCUAAUUCGGUAUUGGUAAAGACAACAUAACCAGAAAUUCUUUGUUGUAACAAGGAAAGAGGACGUUUCUGAUGCCAAAUUCUAAGUUACCCACUGUUUUCAUGAUGAAGCCCAUGGUUCUAAGAAGCAAGAAACCAAAAGGCAGACUGAGCGAACACUACGUAAAACCUGACGCACAGCCUGACACCAUCCAUCCUCAUUACAAACCGACUUAGUUAUUUGCUCUGGAUUGAAAUGACACACUGAGCUCAAAAUUAAUCCCUGACUUAAUUAACAAGCACUUAUACUGAUUUCUGAAUGUGAAUUUCCCAUAGCACUUGAAAACUGUUGCAGAGAAGCAAUUGUGCUCAUAAUUUUAUUCCCUGUAUAUGACAAUAUUUAGAUGUUUAGUGUGAAAUCAAGAAUCACUUUUUUAAAUGCCUUCUUUGUGUAUAUAACCCACCGGCUGAUAGAACUUCCCAUCACCUCCCUUUUAAAAUUUUCCAAUUUGUUAUUUUUUGGACUCAGAAACUCAAUAUUAUAUCAAGACAUUUCAUCAUUGCUAUUUAUAAGCAUAAUCCGGUACUAUAGUGUUGCUGUCAUUUAAAAAAAUGGCCCUUCCGUAUCUAUAUACUACAUGCUAACGGGGUUUUGAUGACUUGACUUUUAAUCUAUAUUUAUUCGCUACUUUAAAAUCACAACUUUUGAAUACUCUGUGUAAACUAUUGCAUGGGAUUUUUAAUGUUCUACGUUUGCUUAUUUUUUUCAUGUAUGAAUGUCAAUUGAUGAGUUCAUAUGUUCUCACGGAAUACAAACCAUUGUUUUGCACCAACAAGACCCAUCUGUGAGCUGUUGGAAAUAAAAAUCACUCAGCCCACAUUCCCUUGUAGCUCUUCCUAGAGAUUUUUAUUAUGCUAAUCACAAAAUGAAAAUUGGUGCUUUUGUAAACAUUGUGCGCCCUCAAUGCAAAAUAAUGGAAUAAAGAUUCUCUUUAUCUUUCUAUAAUGAUGUUAGGAUACAUAACUCAAAGAACUUUAACCUGAAUCUACAGUAGGUUUGGGUUGGCAUGAUUAAUCCAAUAUGUUGUUUCUUGUAAAAAUAUGUUCUAAUUCCUAAUGGAGUGGUUGUUUGGCUCUGUCAUCAUUUCUUCCUGAAAAAGAAAAAUGUCACUGGAUAGUUUUCUAAAUAGCAAUUCUGAACAUUUAACCCUGCAUAAUAUAUAUAAACCAGAGACUAUGGGAUCAAUUUAAUUUAGUGUUCCUAAAAAAGCAAUAUUUUCAAACAACUGCCAACCAAAGUGGUCCAGAGACGGCACCAUUUGUAUAUGAGAAUUUUUAACAAUGUUUUUCUUACCACGCUCAGCAAAUCCAAAUAUGUUCAUUAAUUAGUAACAUUUCCAAAUGUAUUCAUUUUUAGAGACAGAAGCGUGAGACUUAGAACCUAAAUGUGCAUUUUGCAAUUGAAAUAAAUAUGUUCCUUUCACCCAUAUCUUGCACUUGACAUAUGUAGCAAUAGUUAGUAUCAUUCCACUGCAAGUAUUUAAAUGACACAGUUAAUGGCUGAUAAAAGUUUUGUAAAAAGUAGAAUCUGUACAGAAAAUAUUAAACUGUAUUUAUUUUUAUUGGUUUUGUUUUUUUUUUAGCGUAGACACUAUAUUGAUAUUCCCUUUUUGCCAGAAUUACUGGAAGUGCCUCUUGGUUUUAUAUAUUUACAUAUAUUCAAAAUUAUUAUAAUUGUGUCAUAGCUGAUCAAUGUGGAUGUUACAGUGUGAAGACAAUGUGUAAUAUAAAAAUGAUUCUGUGGUA